AGGAGAAAUAGAACAGCACGAUACCGAAGAAGCCCUGUUACCAAAAUUUGGAGCCCUCGUUUGGUCGCGAUUCGAAGACACAGCGAAGAAGAAGAGAGAAAUCGAGACGAAUUGAUACAAGAGAGGAAGGAAUUGAGCCAAGGAGAGGAUCAGCAUCGAUAUCGGUUUCCAAGGAGGAGGAAUCUCAAGUCUUCUUCCCGCGGUGUUGGAGUUCAUGGUGUUGCUCUGGAUCUCGGUGCUUUGAUUUCUUUAAGCUUCGAUCAGAAUCCAGCCGGGCGUCAGCCGGCAGCGGUGGCUUUUGGUUCUGAGCUCAUGCUUCAUUGUGUUAGAAGUGGACAAGGUGGAGCAGGAUGAAUGCUCAGGCACACUUGUCUGGACGUAUCUCUGGGCAGGUGCCUAAUCAGCCUUCCCAGAUGCAUAACUUUGGAGGACAUAACUUGGAUCCUGAUCUCUCAGCAAAACGCAAUCUCGUUUAUGAUCAUAUCCUCAAAUGGUUCCAAAGGAAGAGUCCUGAUGCAAAUGCAAAUUUUGCAACUCUUGCAACCAAGUUUGAGGAUUUGCUUUUUAGGACUGCUGCUUCAAAGGAGGAUUACAUGAACAUGGGUGGACGUGCAAUUGAACUUCGUAUGCAAGCUUUAGCAAAAUCAACAAAUAACAGCCAACUCAAUGCCCACCGUUUUUCGUCAUCUUCUGCUGUCAGCACUAUGAUCCCCACACCAGGUAUGGCCCAAACCAGCAGCACAAACUCCGUAGUUUGGCCUGCAGACAACUCUAUAAUCAGUACCAGUGGUGCUGCCAUGGUGGUGCCAACUACUGUCAACACAGGGAGUAUACUACCAGUUGCAAGUGGAGUAGGAAGUGUUGGAACUGCUGCCACCUCCAAUGUGUUGGAUGGACAAGUUCCUAAUGGGUACCGGAAGGUAUCGGUCAAUUCUCAUUUUGGUUCUGGAGGGAAUACUCUUAUGCCACAGCAAUCAACACAAAUGAUCCCUACUCCUGGGUUAAAUAAUUUUCAGCCAGUGACUGCCCAUCCUGAAUUUUCAAGUGGAGGUGGGUUUUUGAGUAACGAAGCUUCUGUUUCGCUGCAACCACAGCUUAAACAGUAUGUUGGAAGUCAAACAGGGCGUAACUUUCAUGCUCCUCUAACCCAAGUGGGCAUCAAAAUGAGGUCAAAUAUGUACCAGAAGCCUCCUACUUAUGAGUUUUCGAAUGGGCUUAUGAAUGGCAGUUUGGGCUUAAGCGGAACUAACUUGCAAGUAGUAAAUGGAUCCACAACAUCAGAUGGAUACUUAAGUGCUGUUCCAUAUGGUACUCCUGAACGUUUACAGGAGCAUUUCGAUCAGCAACAACAUCAGACAAUGCUACCAACUUCAUUACCCCAACAAGUAACAUCUACGCCUGGUGAUGUAUAUGGAAUGGGUGCUGUUGAUCCCCUAGGUCCAGGGAAUCUGUAUGGCUCAUCUGUUGCAUCUGUGUUCAAUCACCAAAAUAUUAAUCCUGCAAGCUUGCAAUCCAAAUCAAAAACAAGCUUCACAAUGCAAAGUCAAAAUGCAGGUUUGCAGUCAAUUCAGCAGGUUGCAAAACCUCAAAUUCCUGAUCAAUCACAAAAAAUGAAUCCCCAAAUAUCUCAUUCAACUGGAGAACAGCUGCUGUCAUCUCAACACCAGUUACAAAAGUUUCAACACCAACAAUUUCAGCAACAACCGAGUCAGUCUUAUACCCAUCCUAUACAGCAUCAGCAGGAACAGCUAGGACAGCAACACCAGCAACUCAUGUCAAAGGUUGAUACUUUGAAACAUUCGUCCAUGGUCUCUAAUUUUGGAAGGCAGCUCACACCUGGUUGCACUAAUGACUUGCAUCACGAAUUAUUGCCCAAUCAACCUGCAGAGCAUCUUCACCUUUCAAAGUUUCAAAAUCAGUGUGAGCGGAGGACAUCAUCUAGCAACCAAUUUGGAGGUUCCCAGUUGCUUGGUCACUUGUCAAGCACCCAUGAUUCUCCACAGCCAGUUACACAAGAUCCACAGCAAGUUUCUGAAUCUCAAAAUGAUGUUCACUGUUUAUCCACUGGAUCACAACCUGAUGUGCCCUCACGAAACCAUUGGCGCCCUCAGCUGCUUCAAAAAUCCCACAUUCUGGAUAUAUCUCCAUUGGAGCAGCAGAUUAAGGAAGAAUUCAAUCAGAGAAUAACAGGCCGAGAUGAAGCUCAGCAAUCUCAUAUUUCCUUGGAUGGUUGCGGUACUGGUUCUGGUGGUGCUACUAAGGUUGUUGCAAUGCAACAACUUUCAGGUAAACUGGCUCCUGGCCCUGGAAGCACGAAACGUGAACGGGAUUUUCAUAACCAGAGGAGGUGGUUACUGCUUGUGUUGCAUGCACGCUCAUGUCGGACCCCAAAAGGUGAAUGCCAAGAUAUUUGCAGUAAAGUUCAAAAGCUAUGUGCGCAUAUGGGUAGGUGUAAAUCCAGUGAAUGUGAAGUCGCUUAUUGUGAGAGUACCAAGAAAGUUUUUGGACAUUUCGUUUCCUGCCGGUGUGCCGAUUGUCCUGUUUGUGCUCCUGUACGCUCUUAUAUAGCACGUGAACACGCUCGGGCUAAUUGUAACUCAGCAGAACAGAUGACUGACUCUAGGAGAAUAGACAAUUCUGGUGAUGCUGAUAGAAUAUCCAUCAUUAAUGUCCCACCUGUGGAAACAUCUACCGAUCUGCAAGCCUUACCGAAACGCAUGAAGGUGGAACAUGAUUCACAGUCCCUUGUUCCCAAACAAGAAACCACUCCAGUUCCUGUUCAGCUUGUAAACCAUAGUCAAGAUUCUCCAGAGACUCAAUUUCAAGGGUGUGAAGCACCCAACACAUCUGUAUCUAUUAAAUCGGAGAUCUCAGAAAUGAAUCUUGAUACUCCCACUAGUCCUGGGUGUGAUAAUGCGCCGAUUUUUAACAACUUGACAGAUGGUUUUUUGGAGAAUGCACAUAGAACACGGCCUGAUCUCAAACAUGAUCUUAAAUCUGUUGGUCCAGUUAACUUUGAUGACCAUGGAAGGCGAGAAACCAUCCUUGAAGGUAAGGAGCCUGAUCAGGCCAAGAUAGAAACUAAUAAUCAUGAACCAAAUGCUCAAGCAAAUGAUACUGCAGUUGGAAAUAAAUCAGGCAAACCAAAGAUAAAAGGUGUAUCCUUGACUGAAUUAUUUACUCCGGAGCAAGUGCGGGAACAUAUUGUCAGUCUGAGGCGGUGGGUUGGCCAGAGCAAAGCGAAGGCUGAAAAGAAUCAAGCUAUGGAGCAUUCAAUGAGUGACAAUGCAUGCCAGUUGUGUGCUGUUGAAAAGCUUACGUUUGAACCUCCUCCUAUUUAUUGUUCACCAUGUGGUGCUCGCAUAAAACGAAAUGCUAUGUACUAUACUGUGGGAACUGGUGAUACCAGGCAUUGCUUCUGUACUCUAUGCUACAAUGAGGCCCGUGGUGACAGUAUUGAGGUGGAUGGUUCAACAUUUCCUAAGAUAAGGCUUGAGAAAAAGAAAAAUGAUGAAGAGACAGAGGAGUGGUGGGUUCAAUGUGAUAAAUGCGAAGCAUGGCAACAUCAAAUAUGUGCUCUUUUUAAUGGUCGAAGAAAUGAUGGUGGCCAAGCAGAAUACACUUGCCCAAACUGCUUUAUGGAUGAGGUAGCGAGAGGAGAGCGUAUGCCACUACCACAGAGUGCGGUUCUUGGAGCAAAAGAUUUGCCAAGAACUAUACUGAGUGAUCACAUAGAACAACGACUGUUUAGACGGCUGAAGCAGGAGAGGCAAGAUAGAGCAAGGAAUUUGGGGAAAAGUUAUGAUGAGGUACCUGGGGCAGAAGCACUUGUUGUCAGAGUUGUAUCAUCAGUUGACAAGAAAUUGGAAGUGAAGCAGCGCUUUCUGGAAAUUUUCCAGGAAGAAAAUUACCCAACAGAAUUCCCCUACAAAUCUAAAGUUAUAUUGUUGUUCCAGAAGAUAGAAGGUGUAGAAGUAUGCCUUUUUGGCAUGUACGUCCAGGAGUUUGGUUCAGAGUGCCAAUUUCCAAACCAGCGCCGUGUUUAUCUUUCAUAUCUGGAUUCUGUGAAAUACUUCAGACCUGAAAUAAAAACUGUAACUGGGGAAGCUCUGCGAACUUUUGUUUAUCAUGAAAUCCUGAUUGGUUAUCUUGAAUAUUGCAAAAGACGUGGGUUCACUAGUUGCUACAUAUGGGCAUGUCCUCCUCUAAAAGGCGAGGAUUAUAUUUUGUAUUGCCAUCCUGAGAUUCAGAAAACACCCAAGUCUGACAAGCUUCGGGAGUGGUACUUAUCAAUGCUGCGGAAAGCUACCAAGGAAAAUAUCGUUGUUGAUCUCACAAAUUUAUAUGAUCAUUUCUUUGUUCAUGUUGGCGAGUGCAAGGCUAAGAUAACUGCCGCGCGUUUACCUUAUUUUGAUGGAGAUUAUUGGCCUGGCGCAGCAGAAGAUAUGAUCAACCAACUUAGGCAAGAAGAGGAUGGUAGGAAGCAGCAAAAGAAAGGAAAAAUCAAGAAGCUUAUCUCAAAAAGAGCUCUGAAAGCUGCCGGGCAUGCUGAUCUUUCGGGAAAUGCUUCUAAGGAUGCUCUUCUGAUGCAAAAGCUUGGUGAAACCAUUCAUCCGAUGAAGGAAGAUUUUAUUAUGGUCCAUUUACAGCAUGCUUGCGCACAUUGCUGCUUACUUAUGGUAUCUGGAAUUCGUUGGGUUUGCAAUCAAUGCAAAAACUUCCAACUUUGUGACAAGUGUCAUGAUACUGAGCAAAGAAUAGAAGAGAGAGAUAGGCAUCCCAUCAACAGUAGAGAGAAGCACAUGCUCUGUCCGGUUGAAAUCAAUGAUGUGGCCCUGGAUACUAAAGAUAAAGAUGAAAUCCUAGAAAGUGAGUUUUUUGACACAAGGCAGGCUUUCCUCAGCCUUUGUCAAGGAAAUCAUUAUCAAUAUGACACUCUACGUCGUGCAAAGCACUCCUCGAUGAUGGUCUUAUAUCACCUCCACAAUCCGACUGCACCGGCCUUUGUCACGACAUGCAAUAUCUGCUAUCAUGAUAUUGAAACUGGUCAAGGUUGGCGUUGUGAAAUUUGUCCCGAUUUUGAUGUAUGUAAUUCUUGCUAUCAGAAAGAUGGUGGUCCUGAUCAUCCUCAUAAAUUGACAAAUCAUCCUUCUUUGGCGGAGCGUGAUGCACAAAAUAAAGAAGCUCGACAAAAGAGGGUUUUACAGCUGAGGAAAAUGCUUGAUCUUCUGGUUCAUGCUUCUCAAUGCCGCUCUCCUCAUUGCCAAUACCCUAAUUGCCGAAAAGUCAAAGGUCUUUUCCGUCAUGGCAUACAAUGUAAAACACGUGCUUCUGGUGGCUGCCCUCUUUGUAAAAAGAUGUGGUAUCUCCUUCAGCUCCAUGCCCGGGCAUGUAAAGUGUCUGAAUGCCAUGUGCCGCGUUGCAAGGAUUUGAAGGAGCAUUUGAAGAGGUUGCAGCAGCAAUCUGAUUCUCGUCGCAGGGCUGCAGUGAUGGAGAUGAUGAGGCAACGAGCCGCAGAAGUCGCAGGGAAUGCUGAGUAGCUAUUUGUACAGCCAGAUAUCCUUGUUUUCUUUAUUUGGAUAAAAGAUUGAAGGGAAAAGGCCCAAGGAAUUGGACCUUCUGAAGAAAGAUAGUAAGUGUGCAGCAGUGUGAGAGAAAAUUGUUGCAUGGUGCUCAGGGCAACAGAUAGUGUUGAUCUUCUCGUUCUCUUUGAUGCUAACAGCCAUUUUUGAGCAGAAAUGGCUACUCUUCAGUCUUGACCUAGUAGAUGAUUCUUUGAUUUAUCCAUCUAUUGUGUGGCCACCUAGCCUACUGGGGGCACUUGUAGCAUAAACAGUCAUAAUUUGUCAAUUAUUAGUGCAAAACAUGUUCAAUUA